AUGAAAAAUCGCGAGAAAGUAACGAUAGCCCAGCUGAUUCUUGCGACGAUGAUACCAAUAUCAUCGUUAAUCGCCGUCGACGCUCAUCGAGAACGACCGAAUUUCCUGUUCAUCAUAAUCGACGACCUCCGGCCCGUCCUCGGCGCUUACGGCGACGCAAAAGCUCACACCCCGAACAUCGACCUCUUGGCUCGGCAGAGCGUCGUUUUCGAGCGCGCCUAUGCCCAGCAAGCCCUCUGCUCGCCGAGUCGGAACUCUCUUUUGACGAGCCGACGACCCGACGACAUUGGCCUUUACGACUUUUCCAGCCACUGGGCCGGAGUGGCCUGCAACUUGACGACCCUGCCCAAGUAUCUAAAAAACAACGGCUACGUAACGAGCGGCUUUGGCAAAGUUUUCCAUCCAGGUGUGCCGAUGAAUAAAAGCUGCGACCACAGAGACUCUUGGAGCGAGCCGCCCUUUUACCCAAGUACCGAAAAGUACAAAGAUGCUCCGGUUUGCCGGCAAGGCAACUCGACACCAGACAGCAAUCUCAUUUGUCCGGUUCGAGUGUCGGAAAUGCCAAAUGCAACCCUGCCGGACCUUGAAAUUUUGCAGGCUGCCAAGGAGUUUUUGAACAAACAACGCCGAGAACCGUUCUUUCUGGCCGUUGGAUUUCACAAGCCCCACAUUCCUCUCAAGUAUCCCAAGAAAUAUUUGAAGUUUCAUCCUUUGAAAAAAUUUUCACUGCCGCGCAAUUACGAGUGGCUGGAAAACGUAAGCAACGUCGCUUACAACCCUUGGACGGAUUUGCGCAGAAGGAGCGACGUGCGGAAAUUGGGAUUGAAUUGUCCUUGGGAAAAAAUACCGGAAAAAUUCGCUAUAAAAAUUAUACAAUCGUACUACGCAGCAGUAACGUAUAUAGACGAGCUUAUCGGCAAGCUUUUGAGAAAGAUUGAUAACUUAAAAAUUCGAGGUGAAACUAUCGUGAUUUUGACGUCCGAUCAUGGAUGGUCGUUAGGCGAACAUGCCGUUUGGUCCAAGUACAGUAACUUUGAAGUUGCCGUACGAGUACCUUUAAUUAUUUCAGUGCCUCAUCUUACGCACCUAUGGAAAGACAGCACGAAAUUUGAUUUUAAUAAUCGAACACAACGAAACGUAUUUAACAACCACGCAGAAGGUCAGCCCGUUGAGCUGUUGGAUAUAUUUCCAACUGUGGCGGAAUUGGCAGGUUUUCCGAUUCCUACCUGCCCCGAAGAAAAUACGGCAACGCCUCGAUUUUGUACUAUGGGAUCGUCUUUGAUUCCCCUAAUCACUGCUUCAACUAAAACUAAGAGUAGGUCUGUAAACAGAACAGCCAUAAGUCAAUACCCUCGACCUGGAGUCGAUCCUGUAUGCAACCCCAGCAGUGACAAACCCCGGCUUCGACAAAUUUCUGUUAUGGGGUACACGAUCCGCACGGUUCAAUACAGGUAUACUGCGUGGGUAAAUUUUUCUCAAGUGGUCAAGUUACCGAUUUGGCAGUCAAUACUGGCAGAAGAACUUUACGAUCACUACACGGACUCGUCCGAGAGUUCGAAUUUAGCGAGCAUACAAGUUUUCCAACACAUCAAAUAUACCUUGAAGUUAAUGUUAAUGGAAAAAUUAAAACAGCGAUUAAAUGGAGCUAACAACAUAUCCUAAUUGACUGUGAAUCGU